UUUUCUCUAGGAACUAGGAAUACACUACUGUUCUUGAAGGGGUAGAAAGGGGAGAAGAAGAAUUUGGAGGUUUUGAGGAGGGAGGUGGCGAAUCCCUGGAGCUGCAUGAGGAAGCACUGAGACGAUGAGAGAUGAGACUCCAACCAAGAACAGGCUGUCCUGGUCCAAGACCAUUGUUAGGAAGUGGUUCAACAUCAAAACCAAGGCUAAGGACUUCCAUUCGGAUUAUGGAGUUGAAGAAGUGGGGAUGCAGUGGAGGACCAGUUUCUCAGAGAGAGACGUAUGCAAAGCCAAGAAGAGCAGAACAGAGAGGUUGCCAAGGAAGAGCUUCGAUCGAGAUUGUCGAGUAGGAAAUGGAAUCGAUCGUGCUUAUAUCACAAACACACAGGACUACAGGGUCUUCGCUGGUACAUGGAAUGUGGGAGGAAGGUCACCAUCUAGUCAUCUGAACCUGGAGGACUGGCUCCAUACUUCUCCUGCUGCUGAUAUCUACGUUAUUGGGUUUCAGGAAAUUGUUCCUUUGAAUGCUGGCAACGUCCUGCUGAAUGAAGACAAUGGUCCGGCGAAAAAGUGGGUUUCUCUUGUAAGGAAUACACUAAAUAAUUUGGAUCUCCAGGGCUCUGUUGCGUACAACUACCACACCCCGUCACCGGUUCCAAAUCCUAUUGCGGAGCUUAAUGUCGACUUUGAGCGAUCAUCAAGAAGAAGGAACUCCUCAUUCUUCCACCGGCGAUCAUUUCAGUCCUUCAGUCGAAGUUCAAGAAUUGACAUGAUGGAUCCUCAUUCCUUAGUGGACCGACGUUUCAGUGUUUGUGACCGGAUUAGCUUUGGGAGCAGGCCAAGUGAUGUUGACACCAGUAUGAGAUGUGGUGGGUCCUCUGAUGAUGAGAAUAUGGACGAGGAAUCACCUGGUACUACAUUCUUCUCACCAAUGCCAUGUGGAUAUGGUGCUCCACUAUCAACCGAUGACAAUAAUAGACGGUUGAUUAACCCAAACAGGUAUUGCUUAGUUGCUAGCAAGCAAAUGGUUGGAGUUUUUCUCAUGGUUUGGGUGCGGAGUGAUAUAAGGGAUCAUGUGAAGAACUUGAAGGUGUCGUGCGUUGGCAGAGGCUUGAUGGGAUAUCUUGGAAAUAAGGGAUCGAUAUCAAUCAGUAUGUCUCUGCACCAAACAAGCUUCUGUUUUGUUUGCACACACUUAACGUCGGGUCAAAAAGAUGGUGAUGAACUUAGAAGAAAUGCAGAUGUGAUGGAAAUUUUGAAGAAAACCAGAUUCCCGCAUGCUCAUAGUGCACGCAACGAGAAGUCGCCCGAGACAAUUCUGGACCAUGACCGUAUAAUCUGGCUAGGGGAUCUGAACUACCGGAUAGCUCUUUCUUAUCGCUCGGUGAAGGCUUUGGUUGAAAUGCACAACUGGAAACAGUUAUUGGAAAAAGAUCAGCUUCGCAUAGAGCAAAGGUUUGGGCGCGUAUUUGCAGGCUGGAAAGAAGGGAGAAUAUAUUUCCCUCCCACAUACAAGUACUCGUACAAUUCCGACAGAUACUCAGGCGAAGAUAUGCAUCCAAACGAAAAGAGAAGAACACCAGCAUGGUGCGAUCGGAUUUUAUGGUACGGGAGAGGUCUAAACCAACUAUGCUAUGUCCGCGGCGAGUCUCGAUUCUCAGACCACAGGCCCGUAUACAGCAUUUUCACGGCGGAGGUUAAACUACCGAGCCAGGCUCAAUUCGGAAGCUUCACUCGUUCCAGCUCCCUAAUGGGGGUGGACGAGCUACCGUUCCCAACUUACCCACGAAGCUACACAGAUAUCAAUUUUUAUUGAUUGUGCAUCCCCAUGGAGCCAGGCCAAGACAUUCUUUCUUGAGUAGCAGAGCGCACCAGCUCGUUCCUCCCAAGGUUCCAGCAAUUGGAAUGUUUCCAGAUACAGGUGGUUCUGAAGAAUAGGAUUCCAGUGAUGCAGAUACUGAAGGAGAUGCUUCUAACUGUAGAUUUUUCUAGGAUGAUUUGCGCCGUUCUGCACAGUUUUGAGCCUGACCAUCUUCAGGCUUUGAUUUCGUUUGGAACCAAAAUACAGAAAGAGUUAUUGGUCCCAAUACAAGCUAGUAGUCACUAGUCACUAACAGCUGAAGCUAAUUUGUGGUGUGGUUUUGGAUUUCCCUCCAUGAUGGAUGAAUUCAUCAUUUCCCUUCCCCCGAGCGAUUUGUGACUCGGAAGGGAAUGCAUAUUCUCCAUUUGCUUUUGCCUCCUGAUGUAACAGGAGCCACUUGGCUCGGAUCAGAUAUUUUUUAGUCAGAAAGAAAACCAUUACUACGGUUUGUACUGUCGCUGGAACCUUGAGACGUUGCGGCUGAUACUAGAGUGUUCCGGUCCAUGCUUGGCUUGGCAAGGAAUGAUUCCAGCCAGGCUUGUGCACAAAGCAAUGCUCUGAAAAUAAAACAAAGUGU